UGGAAACAAAUUGUUAUUCUUUGAUACCUUAGUUUUAAUUGAUUACCCUUUUAAAAGAAUUUAAUUACUUUUGUUAAUUAUUACAAUUUUUUUUUCUUUUAAAAGUGAGUGUUUAUAAAUCGCCAUGGUUACCACCAGAAAGCAACGUAAAUCUGUACGACAUCAUCCUUAUGAUCCAAACCAAAGUGACAUUGUCAACAUGAGUGAAACAAGUGCUGGAGAUGAAGUUAAACAAGAAAAAGACAAAGCGCAAAUUUUAGCGGAAGGAUUUAAAUUGUAUAAAAUUAGCUUGAGAGAUCCUGAGAGUAAACGUAUUCUCUGGUCAACCAAAGAAGACAUUACAAAGAGCAAAGAGGAAUUCAAAGUUACCUUGACAAAGGAUGUUUACGAUCGGACCAAUGAUCUAUUGAUGGAAAUUGUUUUCUCUUCAGCCGAACCGAUGGAAAAUUUUAAUCUAAAGAAGCGAAUCCUUUUCAAGAAUAAAUGUCUUGAGGAAUGGUUCCUUGAAUUCGGAGAGGUCAAAGAGAAAUCGGCUUACACUUGGCAAGUUGUUUUAUCCUCUUCUCCAAAUGUUACCAAUAUGCCUUUCGAAGCCCUCAGUGGACUCACGACCAUUGAAACAAAAUUCUUUGACCAAGAUGUCGAGUUUCAUUCUGGUACAAUGAAAAUUUUUUACGAAGAAAUAUCAUCAGAGUGACAACAAUUUAUUUUCUACUUUUGAUGAAAAGCUUUAAACAAAAUCGAUGACAUUAGCUGCCAUUAUUAAAAUGAAUUGUCCAUUUUAGAAAAACAAUAAUUAAUUGUUCUAUGUCAACAAUAAAAAAGGACCGUAUUCAAUUUUUUUAUACCAAUACAACAAUCAACAAUAAAUCAACAAUUACACCAUCACAAUAAUAUUAUUAGAAUCACUGAUUAUUUAUCGGAUUCAAGGGUACAAAUCAAAUGACACAACUCAUGAUAACUAAAGUUAACGAUUUAUAAAAAAGCACUUAAUAAGAUUA